GGCUGCGACCUGCCCCGGCGCCGCUCUCGGCCGCGGAGGAGGCGGCCCGGCCCGGGCAGCGGCGGCGUCUGCGCGCCCGCCGAGGGGAGGCCGAGCCUGCCAAGCUGGCGCUCGGCGGGGCCAUGGUGAUCGGCGCCCGCGGCGGAGGCGCGCUGGCGGGGGCUGCCUGGCGGGGCCUCCUGACCCUGCUGCUCUUGGUGUCCGCCGCGCCCCGGCUGCGAGCGGAGGAGCUGGGAGAUGGCUGUGGGCAAAUAGUGACCUAUCAGGACAGUGGUACAAUGACAUCCAAGAAUUAUCCAGGGACUUACCCUAAUCACACUGUUUGUGAAAAGACUAUCAAAGUACCAAAGGGGAAGAGAUUGAUUCUGAGGUUAGGAGAUUUGGAUAUUGAAUCCCAGACCUGUGCUUCUGACUACCUUCUCUUCACCAGCAAUGCUGAUCAGUAUGGACCAUAUUGUGGAAGUAUGCUGGUUCCCAAAGAACUCUUGCUGAACACAAGUGAAGUAACUGUUCGUUUUGAGAGUGGAUCCCACAUAUCUGGGAGGGGUUUUUUGCUGACCUAUGCCAGCACCGACUAUCCAGAUUUAAUAACAUGUUUGGAGCGAGCUAACCAUUAUUUGAAGACAGAAUACAGUAAAUUCUGUCCAGCUGGUUGUAGAGACAUAGCAGGAGACAUUUCUGGGAAUGUGGUGGAUGGAUAUAGAGAUACCUCUUUAUUGUGCAAAGCUGCCAUCCAUGCGGGAAUAAUUGCAGAUGAAGUAGGUGGUCAGAUCAGUGUGCUUCAGCACAAAGGGAUAAGUCGAUAUGAAGGAAUCCUGGCCAAUGGUGUGCUUUCAAGGGAUGGUUCCCUGUCGGACAAGCGAUUUCUGUUUACCUCCGAUGGUUGCAGCAGAUCCUUGAGCUUGGAACCUGACAGGCAGAUCAGAGCUUCUUCUUCUUGGCAGUGGGUCAAUGAGAUUGGAGAACAAGUUCAGUGGUCUCCCAGCCAUGCCCAGCUUCAGGACCAAGGGCCAUCAUGGGCUUCGGGGGACAGCAGCGACAACGACAAACAGCAAGAGUGGCUAGAGAUAGACUUGAGAGAGAAAAAGAAAAUAACAGGAAUUAGGACCACAGGAUCCACACAGCCAAAUUUCAACUUUUAUGUUAAGAGUUUCAUGAUAAACUUCAAAAACAAUUCCAAGUGGAGGACCUAUAAAGGAAUUGUGAAUAAUGAAGAAAAGGUGUUUCAGGGCAACUCUAAUUUCCGGGAUCCAGUGAGGAACAAUUUCAUCCCUCCCAUUGUGGCCAGAUAUGUGCGGGUUGUGCCCCAGACAUGGCACCAGAGGAUAGCCUUGAAAGUGGAGCUCAUUGGCUGCCCAAUUACACAAGGUAGGACCUCAUUGGGGUGGUGCAAAACAAGUCCAAAUACCGUUGGUUCAACUAAAAGAGAGGAUGAGACAAUCACAGAAUCCAUCCCCUCUGAAGAAAUGCCCACCGGAAUAAACGUCACAACUGUUAUUAUUCCCGUUGUGCUUCUUACCCUGCUUGUUGCUGGAAUGGGAAUCUUUGCAGCCCUUAGAAGGAGGAGAAAGAAAGGAUGUCCUUAUGGAUCAGCUAAGGCUCAAAAAACAGACUGUUGGAAGCAGAUCAAGUAUCCCUUUGCCAGACACCAGUCAGCUGAGUUUACCAUCAGCUAUGACAAUGGAAAAGAGAUGACACAAAACUUAGAUCUCAUCACGAGUGAUAUGGCAGAUUACCAGCAGCCUCUGAUGAUCGGCACCGGGGCCGUCACAAGGAAGGGCUCCACCUUCCGCCCCAUGGACACCGAGGCGGACGAGGCCGGCGCGAGCGAGGCCGGCGCGCACUACCACAGCCCUCCCGGCGCCGGCCGCCACGAGUACGCGCAGCCGCUGCCCCACGGCGAGCCCGAGUACGCCACGCCCAUCGUGGAGCGGCCCCCGGCCCGCGCGCACGCCUUCCCCGCGCGCAGCGGCUACCGAGUGCCCGGGCCCCGGCCGCCGCGGGAGCACUGCCUGCCCGCCGGCGGCCUCUCAACGGCCGGCGCCCCGAGCGCGGGCUACCAGAUGCCGCAGAGCCCCGCGCCCGCCGCCGCGGGCUACGACCAACCCAAGGUCGGCGGUAGCUCGCCCGCAGGCCGCGCAGAUCCCGACUAUCAGAAGCCUCUGGGGAAUCCCGCGACGAGUGACCCUUACUCAGCCCCCAGGGACUGCCCCCGACCCCUCAACCCGACGGCCAUGACGGCGCUUCUGUGAACACCGCCCCGCCCCCUCGAGCGGAGCCUCUGCUGGGCAGCGCCUGCGGCGCGGGAGGCAGGGGGACGGGCUCGCGCGCGUGCCUGUGCGCCCGCGUGUGCGCGCGCCUUAGGCCCCUGAGGGAGCGUCCUGGAGACCACCUCCCAUUCUGUUUACAGAGUUGUGCAGCUGGUUUUGUUUUGACCCACAGGGCAAGCGUCUGUUUUUUUGGGCUAGGAAAAUGAGAAUUUUCAGAUGGCAUUUUCAUGUCUCUUAACUGUGAUAUUUGAGCUGCUUUGGUGAAAAAAUGUGCAAUCUGUACAGAGUUGUAUUUAACAAGAAUUAAAGUAACAAGUUUGCUGUUAUCAGAUUUUUGUUCUGCACAGAGGUUAAGUGGGAGAAUGCAGCUGUGGCGAAAACGUCUACGUAUGUUCAUUUUUUAAAUAUAUUUUAUCUGAUAACUG